GAUGCGAAGAAAGAACUUGUUUGAACUUGCCCAGGCUUCCGGGAGUGCAAACGUAAGCAAAAAUUUUAUGUCAUUAAGGAAACAGGAAAAAUCUAGUUCAUUGGCAUUGCUGUUUUUGACCGGUGAAUAAGGCACUCGAAAAAACUUCAUAUCAGUGAAAAAAACUACAAAUGGCGUUCAUUGGUGAGACGUUUAUCAAGUAUUAUGUUGCUAUGUCAGUGUUUUGUUUCCAAUUUUCUAAGCCUCAAGUUCGGUUACAAGGCCCGUCAAGCUCCAGUGGUAUUGGUCGUGUUGAGGUAUAUCAUAGUGGACGUUGGGGAACAGUAUGUGAUGAUGCUUGGGGCAUAAGUGAUGCCAAAGUGGUUUGUCGUCAACUUGGAUAUCAAAGAGCGGAUCGAGCUCUGCAAGGACCUGCUGGAGUUCCUGACGGCUCUGGGCAGAUAUGGAUGGAUAAUGUUAAUUGUAACGGUUAUGAGCGGCGUCUAUCCAGUUGUUCCCAUAACGGAUGGGGGAGCCAUAACUGCGGGCAUCAUGAAGACGCUGGAGUAGAGUGUUCAGGAGAUCUCAAUGAGUGUUCACUGGGUUACGACAACUGUGGCAGUAAUUCUCAAUGUAUAAACACUCAAGGGAGUUUUUCAUGCAGAUGUAAUCAAGGUUAUUCAGGAAGUGGCGUUGUUUGUAGAGACAUCGAUGAAUGUUCCCUCUCAACUGAUAACUGUGAUCAAAACUCAGUCUGUACCAAUACUGUUGGAUCUUUCUCAUGCAAUUGCGUGGCUGGCUUUACUGGAAGUGGCGUUGUGUGCAACGAUCUCAACGAAUGUUUACUGGGACUCGACAACUGCGGCAGAAAUUCCCAAUGCACUAAUUCAGUUGGAAGUUAUAUAUGCACGUGUAAGCCUGGUUAUACUGGAAAUGGCUUUGUGUGUACAGAUAUCAAUGAAUGUUUUCUUUCUCUUGACAACUGUGAUCGAAACGCAAUCUGCACUAAUACUGCUGGAUCAUUCCAAUGCAGAUGUUUGACUGGAUAUUCUGGGAACGGAGUUACAUGCAACGACAUCAAUGAGUGUUCACUAUCGAUUGACAACUGUGAUCGAAACUCAAACUGUACCAACACUGAUGGGUCCUUCUUCUGCACUUGCAACAGUGGAUAUACUGGAAAUGGGAUUAGGUGCACAGAUAUUAACGAGUGUUCGCUGACGAUUGAUAAUUGUGAUCGAAACUCAAACUGUACCAACACUUAUGGAUCCUUCUUCUGCACUUGUAACGGUGGAUACACUGGAAAUGGAAUUAGGUGCACAGAUAUCGACGAGUGUUCACUAUCAAUUGACAAUUGUGAUCUAAACUCAAACUGUACCAACACUCAUGGAUCGUUCUUCUGCACAUGUAACAGUGGAUAUUCUGGAAAUGGAAUCAUGUGCACAGAUAUCAAUGAGUGCUCACUUUCGAUUGACAAUUGUGAUCGAAACUCAAACUGUACCAACACUGAUGGAUCCUUCUUCUGCACUUGUAACAGUGGAUAUACUGGAAAUGGAGUUAGAUGCACAGACGUUGACGAGUGUUCACUAUCGAUCGACAAUUGUGAUCGAAACUCAAAUUGUACUAACACUGAUGGAUCCUUCUUCUGCACUUGCAACAGUGGAUACACUGGAAAUGGGGUUAGAUGCACAGACCUCAAUGAGUGUUCACUAUCGAUUGACAAUUGUGAUCGAAACUCAAAUUGUACCAACACUGUUGGAUCCUUCUUCUGCACUUGUAACAGUGGAUAUACUGGAAAUGGAAUUAUAUGCACAGACGUUGACGAGUGUUCACUAUCGAUUGAUAAUUGUGAUCGAAACUCAAACUGUACCAACACUGAUGGAUCCUUCUUCUGCACUUGUAACAUUGGGUACACUGGAAUUGGAAUUAGGUGCACAGACAUUGAUGAAUGUUCACAAAAGAUAGACAAUUGCGAUCAAAACUCAAACUGUACCAACACUGAUGGAUCCUUCUUCUGCACUUGUAACAGUGGAUAUAAUGGAAGUGGAAUUAUAUGCGCAGAUAUCAACGAAUGUUCACUAUUAACUGACAAUUGUGAUCGAAACUCAAACUGUACCAACACUAAUGGAUCCUUCUUCUGCACUUGUGAGAGUGGAUACACUGGAGAUGGAAUUAUCUGCAGGGACAUCAACGAGUGUUCACUAUCGACUGAUAAUUGUGAUCGAAACUCAAACUGUACCAACACUGAUGGGUCCUUCUUCUGCACUUGUAACAGUGGAUACACUGGAAAUGGAACCAUGUGCAAAGACAUCAAUGAGUGUUCACUAUCGAUUGACAAUUGUGAUCAAAACUCAAACUGUACAAACACUGUUGGAUCCUUCUUUUGCACUUGUAACAGCGGAUAUACAGGAAAUGGAAUUAGGUGCACAGAUAUCAAUGAGUGUUCACUAUCGAUUGAUAAUUGUGAUCGAAACUCAAACUGUACCAACACUAAUGGAUCCUUCUUCUGCACUUGUAAAAGUGGAUACACUGGAAAUGGAGUUAGAUGCACAGACAUCAAUGAGUGUUCACUAACGAUUGACAAUUGUGACCUAAACUCAAACUGUACCAACACUGAUGGAUCCUUCUUCUGCACUUGUAAGAGCGGAUUUACUGGAAAUGGAAUCACGUGUACAGACGUUGAUGAGUGUUCACUAUCGACUGACAAUUGUGAUCGAAACUCAAACUGUACCAACACUAAUGGAUCCUUCUUCUGCACUUGUAACAGUGGAUAUGCUGGAAAUGGGAUCAACUGCACAGACAUCAACGAGUGUUCACUAUCGACUGACAAUUGUGAUCGAAACUCAAACUGUACCAACACUAAUGGAUCCUUCUUCUGUACUUGUAACAUUGGAUAUGCUGGAAAUGGGAUCAACUGCACAGACAUUAACGAGUGCUCACAAUCGAUUGACAAUUGUGAUCGAAACGCAAACUGUACCAACACUGAUGGAUCCUUCUUUUGCACUUGCAACAGUGGAUACACUGGAAAUGGAAUCAUAUGCACAGACAUUGACGAGUGUUCACUAUCGAUUGAUAAUUGUGAUCGAAACUCAAACUGUACCAACACUGAUGGAUCCUUCUUUUGCACUUGCAACAGUGGAUACACUGGAAAUGGAAUUAGCUGCACAGAUAUCAAUGAGUGUUCGCUAUCAACCGACAAUUGUGAUCGAAAUUCAAACUGUAUCAACACUGAUGGAUCCUUCUUCUGCACUUGUAACAGUGGAUAUACUGGAAAUGGAGUUAGGUGCACAGAUAUCAAUGAGUGUUCACUAUCAACCGACAAUUGUGAUCGCAACUCAAACUGUACAAACACUGAUGGAUCCUUCUUUUGCACUUGUAACAGUGGAUAUACUGGAAAUGGAGUUAGGUGCACAGAUAUCAAUGAGUGUUCGCUAUCAACCGACAAUUGUGAUCGAAAUUCAAACUGUACCAACACUGAUGGAUCCUUCUUCUGCACUUGUAACAGUGGAUAUACUGGAAAUGGAGUUAGGUGCACAGAUAUCAAUGAGUGUUCACUAUCAACCGACAAUUGUGAUCGAAACUCAAACUGUACCAACACUGAUGGAUCCUUCUUCUGCACUUGUAACAGUGGAUACACAGGAGAUGGAACUAUGUGCACAGACAUGGACGAAUGUUCACUAUCAAUUGACAAUUGUGAUCGAAACUCAAACUGUGCCAACACUAAUGGAUCCUUCUUCUGCACUUGUAACAUUGGAUAUACUGGAAACGGAAUCAUGUGUACAGACAUCCAAGAGUGUUCACUGUCGAUUGACAACUGUGAUCAAAACUCAAAUUGUACCAACACUGAUGGAUCCUUCUUCUGCUCUUGUAACAGUGGAUAUGCUGGAAAUGGAAUUCGGUGCAAAGAUAUUGACGAAUGUUCACUAUCCAUUGAUAAUUGUGAUCGAAACUCAAACUGCACCAACACUGAUGGAUCCUUCUUCUGCACUUGCAAGAGUGGAUAUACUGGAAAUGGAAUUAGGUGCACAGACAUCAACGAGUGUUCAUUAUCGAUUGAUAAUUGUGAUCGAAACUCAAACUGUACCAACACAGAUGGAUCCUUCUUCUGCAGUUGUAACAGUGGAUAUACUGGAGAUGGCAUUAGGUGCACAGAUAUUAACGAGUGUUCACAAUCGAUUGACAAUUGUGAUCGAAACUCAAACUGUACAAACACUGAUGGAUCCUUCUUCUGCACUUGUAAAAGUGGAUAUACUGGAAAUGGAAUUAGGUGCAUAGACAUCAAUGAGUGCUCACUAUCCAUUGACAAUAAUUGUCAUAGAAACUCAGACUGUACCAACACUGAUGGAUCCUUCUUCUGCACUUGUAACAGUGGAUAUACUGGAAAUGGAAUUAGGUGCACAGACAUUGACGAGUGUUUACUAUCGAUUGACAAUUGUGAUCGAAACUCAAACUGUACCAACACUGAUGGGUCCUUCUUCUGCACUUGUAACAGUGGAUAUGCUGGAAAUGGAAUUAGGUGCAAAGACAUUGACGAGUGUUUACUAUCGAUUGACAAUUGUGAUCGAAACUCAAACUGUACCAACACUGAUGGAUCCUUCUUCUGCACAUGUAACAGUGGAUACACUGGAAAUGGAAUCAUGUGCACAGACAUCAAUGAGUGUUCUACAUCGACUGACAAUUGUGAUUUAAACUCAAACUGUACCAACACUAAUGGAUCCUUCCUCUGCACUUGUAAGAGUGGAUACACUGGAAAUGGAAUUAGGUGCACAGAUAUCAACGAAUGUUGGCAAUCCAUUGACAAUUGUGAUCGAAACUCAGAAUGUACAAACACUGAUGGAUCUUUCUUCUGUACUUGUAACAGUGGAUAUACUGGAAAUGGGGUUAUAUGCAAAGACAAAGACGAAUGUGACCAAGGUACUCAUAACUGUCACUUGAAUGCAAAUUGCACCAAUAUUAAUGGAUCAUUCGAGUGCUCCUGCAACAGUGGCUACAGUGGAAAUGGGACAGUGUGCCAAGACAAAAACGAAUGUAUUUCAGAUGCUCAUAACUGUCACCCGGAUGCAAACUGCACCAACACUAACGGCUCAUUCGAGUGCGCCUGCAACAGCGGGUAUAGUGGGAAUGGAACAGAGUGCCAAGAUACUGACGAGUGUACAAAAGAGCCAUGUGAUGAGAAUGCAGAGUGUUUGAACACUGUUGGUACAUUCUAUUGUAAAUGCAAAAAAGGCUAUACUGGAGAUGGGAAAAGCUGUGAAGAUAUUGAUGAGUGUAAUAAGGAAGAGGUGUGCGGUGAAAAUUCAGGGUGUGUGAACACUGCUGGCUCAUCUUAUUGUAAGUGCAACGAGGGCUAUGAAGGAGACGGAAAUAGCUGUGAAGAAAUAACAGAUCCUGAAACGGCAGCUUCAGAAGGACAAGAAAAUCAGAAAGAUAAAUUUCUUAUUAUUGGCAUCGCUGGCGGCGUGGGUGUUUUGAUAAUAAUAGGAUUAGUGUUUUUAUUCCUAAGACGACGCCGGAGUGAAAGGUCUCAGUGCACUUAUGAUAGGAAACAAUCGUAUAUGAACGAGAUGUAUUCACUUGAGUAUACCGACAGCGGUAACCCCAGGUCACCUGAAGAUGAAUUGGACACGAGUGAAGAACGUCGUGAGUCGUUGAGUAGCGAUAAAUUCAAUGAUGAUACUAAGUUUUAAAGACAUUCAGCCGAGUUUACAGCGCGUGGGAUUUAUAUACACUCGUCGGCAGGCAGGUAGAGACAUACGUAACUUAAAAAAUAAUAAUUGUUGAUAAUUUAAUACCAUAAAUCCUCCCGGAUCAUAGUUCACCUUAGGGCGCUUUCCUUUAUACGGAAAAAACGGCCAGAGUGGUCUUGUAGAAUGUUUCAAGAACUCUGCAUUCAAGUAUAUCGUUAUUUACAUCUGCCUAGCAUAGGAAAUACAGUUUUAUCGCUAUAUUCUUAACGAAAUACUCUAUUUCAAUUUAAAAUAUGACCGGCUUGACCAUUUUGGCCGCUUAAUGGAAAGCGCACUAAGUGAAAAGGAUAUUCUGUUAACAAGGGGGAAUUUCGUUUUAUGCCAAUCAGCGAAUUUGUUUACUUUUUUAAUAAUCAAUCAGAAUGCAAAAAUUUUGUCUACUUCCGGUAAUGUACAUUAUUUAUCCUUUUACAUGAAGAUACGUUCCAAUAUAACCAGGGAGCAGCGUGGCAGCGUCUU